AUGGACAUCCGGCUUGAGAAUGCCAUCCAUAAGCUGGGUGAUGAGAGGCUUGAAGUCAGACUCAGAGCGGCCUCCGCAACGGAGAUACGGGACGGUUGUGAAACCGCUUGUCAGGGCGCAGUCUAUCCUCUGUUCUUGUCCAAGAUAUGGCCCAUCUUCAAGUCGAUCUUGAACGGGGAUCCUGUCUUUUCAAGCGCCUUCAGUGAGCAGCAAAAAUUACGCAAUGGCGUUCUUGAAACACUUCAUCGACUUCCGACGGCGUCGCCUGAUGUCGAGCCAUACGUUAUGGAAAUGGUUGACCUGCUGAUGAAACUUGCUCGUGUGGAGAACGAAGACAAUGCUGUCCUUUGUAUGAAGACUAUCAUGGACCUUGAGCGGAACCAGGCCAAGGCCACGUCGACGAGAGUACAACCAUUCCUUGCACUGAUCCAGGAAAUUUUCCAGGGUGUGGAGAAGGUUGUUCAUGAUACUUUCGACACUCCAACUCAAGCAACCCCGUCUGGCAUGCCCUCCACCCCGAACGCAGCAGGGCAGAACUUCCAAUCACCCCGCCCAAGCUCACCGGCAACGUCUGUCUCGGACAUGGCCUCAGAUCAACAAGCAACACAAGUCACUACAUAUGUAAAAGGCAUGCAAUCGUUCAAAGUGCUGGCGGAGCUGCCUAUCAUUGUGGUCUCGAUCUUCCAGACGCACCGCGCCUCUGGUCCUGAGAACGUCGCGGCUUUUGUACCACUGAUCAAAAAUAUCCUGCUGGCUCAGGCCAAACCACAAAAGAGCGCACACGAGGAGGCUCAUAGCCAGGGCACAAUUUUCACAGGUGUCUCAAAGGAUAUCAAGAAUCGUGCGGCGUUCGGCGAUUUUAUUACCGCCCAGGUGAAGACCAUGAGCUUUUUCGCGUACCUGCUUCGUCUUCAUGCCCAGCAACUCAAAGACUUCCUCCCAAACUUACCCGAAAUUGUUGUACGGCUUCUCCAGGACUGUCCCCGAGAAAAGUCAGGUGCGCGUAAGGAGUUGCUUGUAGCCAUCCGCCACAUUAUCAACUUCAACUAUCGGACAAUUUUCCUCAAGAAGAUCGACGAGCUCCUCGAUGAGCGUACCCUCAUCGGUGACGGACUCACUGUUCACGAGACUAUGCGCCCUCUCGCCUACAGCAUGCUUGCCGAUCUCAUUCAUCAUGUACGGGAACACCUAAGCCGGGAUCAAAUCCGACGCACUGUUGAAGUGUACACCAGAAACUUACAUGAUGAUUUCCCGGGCACAAGCUUUCAAACAAUGAGCGCCAAGCUUCUCUUGAACAUGGCGGAGAAGAUUUCAAAGCUCGAGGACAAGCGAGAAGCGCGCUACUUCCUGAUCAUGAUUCUGAAUGCCAUAGGUGACAAGUUUGCAUCUAUGAAUUACCAGUUCAACAAUGCAGUGAAGGUAUCUAAAGCCAACAAGGAACGAAAGGAGUCAGAGCAGGUAAAUGAGCAUUAUCUUGCGGACAAAGAUCACCCACCCGAUUGGGAUGAGAUCGACAUCUUCUUCGCGCCGCCUAUCAAGACCACAAGCUCGCGUGACCGCGGAGGUGAUCCGGUGGCGGAUAACAUCUUCCUUUUCCGCAACUUGAUCAAUGGCUUGAAAAACAUUUUCCACCAGCUGAAGAACUGCAAUCCGGAUGAUGUGCAAAUCGACCCAAGUAAUGAACCAGUCAACUGGUCUGAGGUGUCAUACGGAUAUAAUUCUGAAGAGGUUCGAGUCAUCAAGAAGCUGUUCCAUGAAGGUGCACGGGUGUUUCGUUACUAUGGCGUGGAUCAGUCUCCUCCAGAGGUGAACUACUCUUCCCCUUUCGAUUAUCUGGCAAGUCAAUACACUGCCCCAAUGUCAAGGGAAGAGAAGGAGCUCCUGGAAAGCUUUGGAACAGUGUUUCACUGUAUUGAUACUGCAACAUUCCAUGAAGUUUUCCACUCAGAGAUACCCUAUCUCCAUGAACUGAUGUUUGAGCACGGCGCUCUUCUUCACCUCCCGCAAUUCUUCCUUGCCAGCGAAGCGACUUCCCCUGCAUUCUCAGGCAUGGUGUUGCAAUACCUCAUGGAGCGAAUUCAUGAAGUGGGAACCUCCGACAUGAAUAAAGCCAAGAUUCUGCUCAGAAUGUUCAAGUUGUCAUUCAUGGCUGUCACAUUGUUUUCCGUGCAGAAUGAACAGGUCCUUCACCCACAUGUGACAAAGAUCGUUACUAAGUGCAUCGAGCUGUCUGUUACUGCCGAGGAGCCUAUGAACUACUUCCUUCUCCUGCGCUCCCUCUUUCGCAGUAUUGGGGGCGGCCGAUUCGAGCUCCUUUACAAAGAGAUUCUUCCGCUGCUGGAGAUGCUACUGGAGACCUUCAACAAUCUGCUACUGGCCGCGCGAAAACCUCAGGAACGGGAUUUGUACGUCGAAUUGACUUUGACAGUGCCUGCGCGCCUGAGUCACCUUCUUCCCCACUUGAGCUACCUGAUGCGCCCGAUUGUGGUCGCAUUGCGUGCUGAUUCAGACUUGGUUGGCCAAGGACUUCGCACACUUGAGCUCUGCGUCGACAACUUGACUGCGGACUAUCUUGAUCCGAUCAUGGCCCCGAUCAUGGAUGAACUGAUGACAGCACUUUGGGAUCAUCUUCGGCCUCACCCAUACAAUCACUUCCAUGCCCAUACGACCAUGCGUAUCCUGGGCAAAUUGGGUGGUCGCAAUCGCAAGUUCCUGAACCAUCCACCAGAGUUGUCAUUCCAACAAUUCUCAGAUGACAAUAUCAGUUUUGACAUCCGAUUGAUCGGUCCAAGCGAGAAGCGACCUUUCCCCGCAGAAGUCGGUAUUGACUUAGCUAUUGGCAAACUGAUGGAGGUGCCAAAGACUUCAUCGACUAAGACAUCAGACAUCUACUAUAAGCAGCAGGCCUAUCGCAUGCUUAGCUCUCACCUCAAGCUUCUCAUUGGGUCUGAAAGCCUUCCUGAUGAUCUCGCUGCAUUGGUUCGUCUGCACGCCAACGACUUGUUCGAAGGCAAAGCCGGCGCCAUGGUUGAUAUCUUGGAGAAGUCUGAGAGGUCCGCGUCGAUUCCAAAGAAAGUCGCCCAGGAGGUCCUUGUGAAGAAGCUAUUAAAGGCAUGCAUUUUUGCCACUACAAUUUCUGAGCUCGAGGCCACGGCUUCAUCCUUCGUAACCGAUGUCUGCAAGCAUCUCGCAGUCGUUGAGGUCGGCCGCGCCCUUGCCCAAGCCCGCCACAAUCGGAAGCCAUUCGACGUUGCAAGUGGCGAUGGCCCGGUUUAUCUUGACUCCCGAGUCCUCGCUGAAGCAAUUGUGGAGUCUCUGUCCUCGGACAGCGCUCAAGUUCGCGAUGCGGCAGAGCAGGCCAUGCGUCAUGUCAAAGAGGCCGCCGAGAUCAUGUUUGGUGGUCCUGAAAAGGCAUCCAAGCUCCCAUUCUUCCAGCAUUUGGGUCGUGUAUUUUGCCACAGCUGCCACAGUGAAGAAUGGUUUUCCAAAGCUGGAGGAAGCUUGGGCAUCAAGCUUUUGGCCACAAAACUCGAUCUCGGAGAUUCGUGGUUGUACGAGCGACUCAAUGAAUUUGCACGGGCGCUCCUAUACGUAAUCAAGGACACACCCGCAGACCUUCCCGCCUCCACUUGGAUUCUGUCCCAGGAGACAAUGAAGUUGAUCCUGCAGCGCUGCGGCAAACUGAUCCCCAAAGAUGAUAUCAAGAAUGAGAAAAGUCGACUAUUCUCGCUUUGCGGGCUCUUUGUCUACGAGCUUGGACACAUGAACAAGCACGUACGCGAAACGUCAAAGAUGGCCUUUGCUACGUUGAAGACUGAGCUCGGCUGCGAGGUCCAUGAACUCAUUCACCCUGUCAGAGAUCGUCUUCUCCAGCCCAUUUUUAACAAACCUCUUCGUGCCUUACCCUGCGCCAUCCAGAUCGGAUUCAUUGACGCGAUCACCUAUUGUCUAGGACUUCAAAAUGAUAUUGUGACAUUUGAUGAGCCUCUCAACCGACUGGUACUUGAAUGCCUCGCACUCGCUGAUGCCGAUGACGACCAGCUGGCGAGCAAGCCUAACGAGAUCAAGGGGGCCGAAAUGAUCGUGAACCUGCGUGUGGCGUGCUUGCGUUUGUUGUCCACAGCAAUGAGCUUCCAGGAAUUCGCGAAUACGCCCCAGAAUACGGGUCGUUCUCGGAUCAUUUCGAAUUUCUUCAAGUCUCUCUAUUCCCGCUCUCCUGAGGUCAUCGAUGCUGCAAAUGCAGGAUUGAAAGAUGUGCUGACACAAACCAACAAGCUCCCCAAGGACCUGCUCCAAAACGGUUUGCGGCCCAUACUCAUGAACCUUCAGGAUCCGAAGCGUCUCAGCGUCGCUGGCCUGGAUGGGCUAGCUCGUCUUCUUACGCUUUUGACCAAUUACUUCAAGGUGGAGAUCGGAGCUCGACUUCUCGAUCACAUGAAGGUCAUUGCUGAUGACUUGACACUGCAAAAGGUGUCGUUCACCCUCGUUGAGCAGCACCCUGCCAUGAAAAUUGUGGCAGCCAUUUUCAACAUUUUUCACCUUCUUCCGACCACGGCCACAGCGUUCAUGGAGAAUCUCAUCGAUAGAGUGCUUGUUCUCGAGAAGAAAUUGCGGAGAACGUCUCACAGCCCAUUCCGCAAGCCCCUGGUGAAGUAUCUCAAUCGCUAUCCGAAAGAGAGCUUAGCUUUCUUCAUCGCCCGUCUCAGUGAAGAAGGCUACGGUCGCUUCUUUGGGCAGAUUUUGGCAGAUCCGGAAAGCGAUGCCCUUCGCAAUGCCAUCGUCGCGGAUACCGACGAUUUCACGUCAAAGGCCUUUGGUACGGAGACCGCGGAUCAGAAGCGAAACACAGCCGCAAUUAACGGAAUCUACAUCGUCCAUUCGAUUUGCAGUAGCAGCUCAAAUAAGACCUGGCUAGUCUCCCACGCCGAGCUGAGGAACAAGCUUCUGGCUUGGGGUCGUGAGCUGGAGAAAAAACUGCGAACCGACAAGCUCGGACCCGGUGAUUCACUUCGGGUGGAGCAAGCAGAGGAUCAAUUGAUGGAUAUUUUCACCAACUACCUCGCCGAGGCCCCGAAUGAUUUGGACUAUCUGUUCAGUAUCAUCGAUGGGUUGUGCGCUGACGAAUUGAAGCGGACACUCGCCCUACCAAAGUUUGUGUUCAAUCACAUCAUCAUCAAUGAGUCCAUUGAUUACAGACGGUCCGUCAUCAUGCGCUGUCUCGAGUUGUAUUGCCAGCGCAGUUGUUCUCACAAGGCCAAGACUUACGCUUUCCGAAAUCUCGUCAAUCCAAUCUUCGCUAUGGAUGUCCAAACUUCAUGGAAUAGUCCUCCGAAUGCUCCAAAAUUGAUGGAUAAGAGCAUGAACGAGACCAUUCACAGGCGUCUGUGGAACCCCCAGCCGAUUGAUCUGGACGAAGAGUACCGUCAGCCAGGGUCAGACCAUUCUCGUAUGGAGUUGUUGCAAUUGUCGGCACUGUUGAUCAAAUAUCAUCACCAGACGGUGCAAGACUCUCGCAAAGACAUAAUAAAAUGUGCGUGGAAUUGCAUCCGUGUCGAGGAUGUGAUCAACAAGUAUGGUGCGUACGUGCUCAUCAGUUAUUUCAUCGCCCAUUACGAGACGCCUUUCAAGAUCGUCAUUCAAGUGUUUGUCGCUCUACUAAGAGCCCAUCAGAAUGAAGGUCGAGCUCUCGUCACUCAGGCUCUAGAUGUUUUGGGUCCCGUUCUUCCGGCUAGAUGUGUUGGGAAUCAAGGUCCUGACCCGAAUCAUCCGAUAUGGGCAAAAUGGCCCCGACGAAUCCUUGCCGAGGAGACCGCAAACUUGCAGCAGGUCAUGUGCAUCUUUCAGUUUGUUGUACGGCAGCCUGAUCUUUUCUAUGAGGCGCGUGAGCAUUACGUGCCCUUGAUUGUGCCCUCUCUGCUCAAGAUUGCCGGACCACCGAGCACCUCCAAUGACAGCAAAAAACUGGCUCUUAACCUCAUUGGCGUCAUAUGGCACUGGGAGCAAAGACUCAUGGGCACGGCUGGGCCAAUGUCAUCAGCAACAAUCACAGCUGUGGAUUCGCCCGAGACCAAGAAGCGCAAGUUCAGAGAACUGGAGCCAGCGUCCGCAUCGCCUUCUCUCGGACCGCCGCCCAUCCGCGGGGAGUAUUCAAUCCCUCUCGAACUUCGUGCUGCUCUGAUUAAAUACUUGAUCACUUUCAUCACCACUAUUCCCGAGCGCUUUGCAGUACCGGCUUCACGAAUCCGUCAAUUGCCUACGAACAAGCAGCCUCUUCAAGCUGCUGUUGCCACUGGAGAGAUGAUCAAUAAGGCUGUCGCCCUGCUUCGAAAUCUGCUCUCCAAAGACUACUGGGCAGAUCUGGACAUUGAUUUCUAUCAAAAAGUGACAGAGCCUAUUCUUGCGGGAGAGAAGUCCGAUAAGCCCGAGGAACAGCAAGUGACGGCGAUGGUGAAUGCUCUCCAGGUCAUGCGUGUCCUCAUCGCAGCUAAGCCAGAUGAGUGGAUCACCGCGCGUCUGCCUUCAAUUCAAAAACUGCUGGAAAAGCCCCUCAAAUGUGAUAAUCCAGAGAUCCAGGAUUGUCUUCAUGGUCUUGAGGACGACAUGGAGAUCGUGCCCAAAUUGCCGCCUCCCGUUCGUCGGGUCCUUGAAGCUAUUCCAGAUGAUCAACCAGAGGACGAGGACGCCAUGGAAACUGAAAGCACGCCGUCAGAAUUCGCCACCUUUCUGUCCACAAUCGCCGCCGAGACCUUAUCAGCCAGCAACUACACAGCUGCAUUGAACACCCUCUGGACGCUCUCAAAAUUGAAGCCCGCUGAAGUUGAUUCACACAUACCUGCCGUGAUGAAAGCGUUCUCCCAGAAACUCGCUAAGGAUCACAAUGCAGCUUCCACUCAGACUAGUGCGGCGCAGUCCUCUCCCAGCGCAAAGCCCUUCGAGGGUGCUAUUGAUCAGCAAGAAUUCGAACUCGGCGUUGACCUGAUAUUCAAGACGAUUGAGUUGAUUGCGGUUCGGAUGUCUUAUCUUGGUGACCAGCGAAGACCUUUCCUGAGUGUGUUGGCUUCAAUUCUCGAUCGCUCGCAAAACAUUAAAUUGUGCACCAAAAUCCUGGAAAUGGCCGAAGAAUGGAUCUUCCACUCGACCGAGUCGUGGCCAACGUUGAAGGAGAAAACGGCAGUAUUGCACAAAAUGCUACUGUUUGAGUCGCGCUCUGACCAAACGAUGCUGAAGAAAUUCCUUGAUCUCGUGAUUCGUAUAUACGAGGAUUCCAAGAUCACACGGACUGAGCUCACGGUGAGACUCGAGCAUGCAUUCUUAAUUGGUACUCGAGCUCAGGACGUUGAAAUGCGGAACCGAUUCAUGGGCAUUUUCGAUAAAAGUUUGACUCGUCUCGCAAGCUCCCGCUUGAAUUAUGUCCUCACCUGCCAGAAUUGGGAUACCCUUGGCGAUUCCUUCUGGUUGGCUCAGGCCUCUCACCUGCUCCUCGGCUGUGUCGACUUGAACGCCUCGGCUCGGCUCCACCAAGAUGAUUUUACGGUGUAUCCGAUCUCCUUCCUUUUCGCCGGGGGUGAGAAAGACCCCAGGAAGGCCGACGUCGUUGUUGAAUCCCGUCUCGAAAAUUUCAUCACGGAACGCAGAAGCUUCAUGUCAGAGGUUGGGGAUCUCAGAGUACGGGACUUGAUCGAACCACUUUUUCAACUACAACAUGCCGACUCUCAAGUGUCCUACAAGCUGUGGACCACCCUUUUCCCGAUUUUCUGGUCUACUCUGACUAGGGAUGAUCGCAUUGAACUUGAGAAAGGCAUGGUCACGCUGCUCACUCGUGACUAUCACUUGCGACAGUUGGACAAGCGACCAAAUGUGGUGCAGGCUCUUCUUGAAGGCAUCGUGCGUGCCAGCCCGCGCUUUAAAUUCCCACCUCAUGUGAUGAAAUACCUAGCCCGGACUUACGACGGGUGGUACACGGCUGCCACCUACCUGGAGGAGAGUGCCGUCAAGCCAAUCAUCGACACCCCUACCGUUCGUGAAAGCAAUUUGGACGCUUUGGUCGAAGUGUACGCGGGUCUUCAGGAGGAUGACUUCUUCUAUGGAACGUGGCGCCGUCGUUGCAAGUUUGUCGAGACCAACGCAGCUUUGUCAUAUGAGCAGCAAGGUAUGUGGGACAAGGCACAGCAGCUGUAUGAAAAUGCACAGAUCAAAGCCCGCUCUGGUGCAAUGCCAUACUCACAGGGCGAAUACUUUGUCUGGGAAGACCACUGGCUCAUUUGUGCGGAAAAGCUCCAACAAUGGGAGAUUUUGAGUGACUUCGCCAAACAUGAGAAUUUGAAUGACCUAUUGUUGGAAUCUGCUUGGAGAAACAUUGAAAAUUGGCAGAGUGAGGGUACUCGGGAGCAGCUCGAAUCCCUGAUCAAGUCCGUUUCUGACGCCCCUACUCCUCGUCGCACCUUCUUCCAGGCUUUCAUGGCGCUGCUACAGUAUCAUGUGAAGAAGGAGAACAUACAGGAUUUCAACAGCGUCUGCGACGAGUCUAUUCAACUCUCAAUUCGCAAGUGGCUGCAGUUGCCAAAGCGCAUAACGAAUGCUCAUAUUCCUAUUCUGCAGCACUUCCAAUUGCUCGUGGAACUGCACGACGCAAGCCACAUUUGUGCCAGUCUAUCGCAAACGAACGAGAGGAACUUGGACACAAAGUCAGCCGAGCUAAAGCUUCUUUUGGGAACAUGGCGGGAUCGUCUGCCCAAUUUGUGGGACGACAUCAAUGCAUGGCAGGAUCUGGUCACAUGGAGACAGCACAUCUUCCAGCUCAUUAACCAGACUUACCUAAGUUUACUUCCGCCCCAGACUAGCACCGUGGCUAGCAACUCUUUUGCCUAUCGGGGAUACCAUGAGACCGCCUGGAUCAUCAAUCGCUUUGCUCAUGUUGCACGAAAACACCAGAUGCCAGAAGUCUGCAUCAACCAGCUGAGUCGCAUUUACACGCUUCCCAAUAUCGAAAUUCAAGAAGCGUUCCUCAAGCUUCGAGAGCAGGCCAAAUGCCAUUACCAGAAUCCAAAGGAGCUUAACAGUGGUCUGGACGUGAUCAACAACACCAAUCUCAAUUACUUUGGUCCACAACAAAAAGCCGAGUUCUAUACCUUGAAGGGCAUGUUCCUGGCCAAGCUCGAUCAUGUGAACGAAGCAAACGAGGCUUUUGGUGUUGCACUCUAUUACGACCUUCGACUCGCAAAGGCGUGGACUGAAUGGGGACAAUACAGCGAUCAACGGUUCAAGUCUGACCCAUCGGAUUAUGAAUUGGCGAGCAAUGCCGUGAGCUGUUACCUAGAAGCUGCUGGCCUGCACAAGAGUGCCAAAUCCCGCAAACUGCUCAGUCGCAUUCUUUGGCUUCUGAGUCUUGACAAUGACGAAGGUCAAAUCGCCAACGCUUUCGAAAAUUUCAAGGGUGAUGCUCCAAUUUGGUAUUGGAUCACCUUCAUUCCCCAGCUUCUUACCAGUCUAUCUCAUCGCGAGGCUCGUCUCUGUAAAGCUGUUCUGGUGAUGAUUGCCAAGCAAUUCCCCCAAGCGCUCUUUUUCUUGCUGCGCACUAACCGGGAGGACAUGCUCACUAUCAAGAAGCAACAUGACCAGAAGCAGGAGAAGAUUAACAAAGCUCGUCAGCAAGCUCAACAACAACAGGCACUUUCCCCAGGAAUCAAGCCACCUGUAGCAGUCGAGACGCCGGGUUCAAACACACAGCUCUCUGCAGCCUCCCCGGCUGGACAAUCAGCCAAUCUACCGAACGCUAAAUCUCCAGCGCUAUCGACACAAGCUCAGUCACCGGUGCCGCCUGCCAACUCCCAGGUACAGGCUUCGCCCCGUCAAAUACCUGGUCAAGUGCCAGUUUCUACCCCUGGUCAGCAACAAGCACAGGCGCAACAAGCCCAAGGCCAUCUGCAAGUACCUGGUCAACCUGGAGGUGCUCAGCAUGGCCAGACUCCUGCUUCCACGGAAACGCCAGAGAAAGAGCCCCUUCGAAAGCCUUGGGAAUAUUCGGAUGAGAUCAUGUCUGGCUUGAAAACCGCAUUCCCUUUGCUUGCUCUUUCGAUGGAGACGAUGGUCGAUCAGAUUCACAAGAAUUUCAAAUGUCCACCAGACGAGGACGCCUACCGUCUGAUUGUCGCACUCCUGAAUGAUGGUCUGGCAUACGUUGGCCGCAUGCCAGGCUCAUACGCGCAAGACUUCAAGCUUCCUCCGGCGACCGAAGCCAAUAUUACCCGUUUCGCGGAGACGAUACUUCCAGCGCACAUCCGCAAGUCUUUCGAGGCUGAUUUCGUUGUCAAGAAGCCAACAAUGUACGAGUAUAUCCAGAAGCUGCGUUCUUGGCGUGAUAAGUUUGAGGAGAAGCUUGACCGGCGACCGCAGUCGGGCUUCCUUGAAAGUUAUUCUCCCCACUUGAGCGAGUUCCGCUUCCUCAAGUUCGAUGAAGUCGAAGUGCCUGGACAGUAUCUCCUGCACAAGGACAAGAACCAAGAUUUCGUCCGUAUUGACCACUUCUUACCCGACGUGGAUCUUGUGCGCGGUAUUGGUGUCUGCCACCGCCGUUUGAAGAUAAGAGGUCGUGAUGGCAGUGUUCAAGCCUUUGCAGUUCAACAUCCUGCAGCACGCCACUGCCGACGUGAGGAGCGUAUUCUCCAGCUCUUCCGCAUCUUCAAUGGAUUGCUUGCUAAGCGUAAGGAGAGUCGCCGCCGCAACCUCUAUUUCCACCUCCCCUUGAUGGUACCAUUAGCACCACACAUUCGUCUUGUGCGGGACGAUUCAUCGUACAUUUCCCUUCAAGGAAUCUUCGAAGACUAUUGCCGGCGAGUGGGAAUGAACAAGGAUGAGCCAGUGUUGUUCACCAUGGAUCGUAUGCGUUCCUUGGCGGAGACAAAGCAGAAUCGAACCGCGGAUCAGCAGCAGAUCCUUCGAACAGAGAUCUUGACUGCGAUUCAAGAGAAAUGGGUUCCCAGCACCAUUGUUUUGGAUUAUUUCCAGAACACGUAUCCCAACUUCGCCGAUUUCUGGUUGUUCCGACGUCAAUUUGCCUACCAGUAUGCUGCUGUCGCCUUCAUGACAUACGUCAUGCAUAUUGGCAACCGGUAUCCGAACAAAAUUCUUGUGUCGCGCUCGACCGGUGAUAUUUGGGGAGCUGAGCUGAUUCCCACUAUCAACCCUGCCAAGGCUAUAUUCUAUAAUCCCGAGCAGGUGCCUUUCCGUUUCACACCGAAUAUCCAGAUGUUGCUUGGUCCUAUUGCAACAGAGGGACUUUUCGCUUGUGCAAUUAUGGCGAUUGCUCGAUGUCUGACCGAGACCCGACAUGAGCUUGAGCAGCAACUUAGUGUCUUCGUCCGUGAUGAAAUGGUGUUUUGGUCCACAGCUCAGCAUCGUGGGAAUCUGGCGGUGCCUCAGCUGCGCGAACUGGUGUACAACAACAGCGAGAUCAUUGUCAACCGCGCUGUCAGUCUCCUCAGUCCACCGGAAGGUAAUCUUCCUGCGAACCAGACCACGAUUGAUUUGAUCUCCCGAGCUGUCAACCCACAACACCUGGCCUCGUGCGACGCAUUGUGGAUGCCUUAUCUGUAG